AUAGCUGUGGGCAGGGCCGUGGCAGUGGGAGGGAAGAGGCGGAGCCUAGUUUUUCUAGGGCAUCUGUCACCUGCCUCCUGCCCAGGGCAUUGCCCCAGCCCUACCCUGCCAGCGUGCGUGGCAGUGUGAAGCUGGGGCCUGCUCCCCAGAACCUCCGGAGCACGUCAAGGAGAUUUCAAGACCUAUGUCACUGGCCCCCCAGAACCCAGAACAUGGCAGAUGGGGCUCAGGCCAGCCCCAAAGGGUUCAGGAAGAAGGUGCUGGUUAGAUGGUCCUCUGGGUGGAGGGACCCCAGCCUCAGGGCCUCUUCUCCAUUGAGACCCUCCAGGUCCAGCCUGGGUGUGAAGAAGAUCUUGGCCAUCGCCAUCCUGGCCAGCAGUGUUCUCUCUACUGCCUAUGGCAGCCUGUUCAACCUCAAGUCCAUGGUGGAGACCAUCACAGGCAGAGGCGCCAUCCUGUCCUUUGUGGGCUACGGCUGCUACUGCGGGCUGGGGGGCCGUGGCCAGCCCAUGGACGAAGUGGACUGGUGCUGCCAUGCUCAUGACUGCUGUUACCAGAAGCUCUUUGACCAGGGCUGCCGCCCCUACGUGGACCACUAUGACUAUGCGAUCGAGAACGACACUGUGAUUGUCUGCAGUGAGCUCAACAAGACAGACUGUGACAAGCAGACGUGCGAGUGCGACAAGAACGUGGCUCUGUGCCUCAAGAACCGGGUGUACAGGGCAGAGUACCGUGGCUACCUCAACAUCUACUGCAAGGGCCCCAUGCCCAACUGCAGCAUCUAUGACCCACUCCCAGAGGAGGUCAUCUGCGGACGUGGCUCCUCAGCAGCCCCCGCCCUGCCCCAGCACCUCUGAGGUCUGAGAGCCAGGUCUGAGAGGGAGGAAGGUCUGGCCCGGGGCCCAGCCAGGUAGAGCAUAGGGAGGUGGGCCAGAUCUGAGCCCAGUGGGGCCCCACUGCCCCCUCCCCAGAGCCCUACACAGACCCCACCAGCUCUUCCAGCUCAGCUCUGGAGUGGGGGCUUCCUCCUACUGCUGGCUCUGGCCUUGGUAGGGAGCACAUGGCUUAUUGGGGUCUCUCUGGAGUCUGGAAGGCAAGACCCGAGAAAGAAGUGUGGGACUCUGCUGCCGGUCCCAGCCUGACUCCAGAGCCUGUGAGACCGAGCUUGUUUAGGCCACCAGGCUCAGGAUGGUUCAUCUGUGCCUCAGGGGCUUGUGGCACUUUAGAGCUCCAUUAACAGAGCCCACAAGUGCCCCCUCUCCCACACGCAUGGAGGUGGCACAGGAGUCCCAGCCCAGACACCAAAAGGAUGUCCCAGCUCUGAAGUCUGAGAGCCUCUGAGCAGGUGACACUGGCCUGAGUGCACAAGAGCUAGGGUGGGGUGUAGGGGAUACACCCCAAUAAGCACAGCUCUUCUCCCUGACCUCUGACCCCUGCACACAGAGAUGCAGCCCGCCCUGCCCACGCACGGCUCUGAGGAGCACCCUGAGCACCCUCCGGCUCAGAGUGGCAGGGCCAGCCCUCCUGUCUGUGCUGAAGCAGCCAGACGGGGACACGGGACACUGACCCUUUGUCCCAGUGCAGGGAGAAGCCAGGUGUCACAAAUCCCGUUCACAAGAAGAGGCCAAGGGUGAGACCUACUCAGUGAAGAGGGACACAAAGGUAGAAGGGAAAGGGUCAAGGCAGGAGGCUGGAGGACCUUUGCAGAAGGCAGUAGGAGGUGGGGUGUGGUGAAGAGGGGAGCGGGCAGGAGAAGGCACGGCGGCAGGACGGAGGCACCUGGGGUGCCGCAGAGGCAGGGACCUGGCUCCACAGCCCGCCCGCCCCCUGUUCCCAGCACUCUUUCUCCAGGUCUCUGUCCCUGGCUGGCCUCGCCUUCCAUGUGGGGUCAGGGACUCCACACAGCAACCCUGCCUUCUGCCUCCAUCUGUGUCAAUCCCAAGGAGCCCCAGAAGCCACCCGCCGCCUGGACCUGACAAGAGCCACCUUCCUGGUCAGCUCAGGCAGUGUCCCACGGGCUGCUGUCACUGGGGAAGAGAGCCAAGCCCAGACGGAGGGGGAAGCAGAAAGGGACACCUGCCAAGAAGAGGGCGGAACAGGCCAGAAGCCUUACCAAGCCACACAGAAGCUUCUAGAACAGCAGCCCUGGGACUGACGGCUCGCUGUGACUAGGAGGGGCCCUUCCAGGGCCCUCCUUCUUCUGGCUGUGGUGUGACCUCACCUGCUCAGUCAUGGGAGCUUCCUCGUCUGCCCUGUCAGGAGUCUGCCCAGCAAGCCUCCUCCUCCUCCCUCCUCAGCUGGCCAAGCCCCUGACCAAGUCCCAGCCCCACCAAGCCAGGGUGGCGCUGGGAUGGACAGGACACUCGAGCCUCCUGCAGGGACUUGGCCCCUGGCCUGUGGGCUGUCCACCCACACACAGUUUCCUCUCUGAAGGUCCAUACAUGCACAAGGGGAGGAGGCUCUGCAGGUAUGGGGGGUCCCUCUACCGCCUUUCUCACCCUAGACUCUCCCAGAUGCUGCAGCCCCCGAGAAUGUCCACUGGACUCAGCACCCCCUCCUCAAACGAAUAAAAGCCUUCUGCCUCAGAUCA